ACAGCCUCUGUGUUUCCUGUGGUUGUGUAAAAAAGCGUGUGGUCAGUCGGUGGAUGAGUGAGAUGUGCUCUAGAGAAGACGUCUCUCAGUCUUGUCAAGCAGGAAGGAUUCCAGUCGAUGUUCCAACAAGACCCUGCAAUAGAAUGUGCUGACAUCGUAUGCAGCAGUGAUGUGGACCCGAACACAAACCGGGAUGAACGGGACCACCGGGUCCUCCUACCAGGAGGGGAUGUUCCUGGGCAACGGCACUCUGGCCUACGUCCCCAACUCCAGCCUGCCUUUUCCGCUGCUGCCAAACAAGACCGGCACCAUGAAACCUGCAUGUGAGCAAGUACACCUUGCCGUGGAGCUCUUUCUGAUUCUGGGAAUCAUUUCCCUGUUGGAGAACAUCCUGGUCAUCACAGCCAUUGUGAAGAACAAGAACCUUCAUUCUCCCAUGUACUUCUUUGUGUGCAGUUUGGCAGUAGCGGACAUGUUGGUGAGCGUGUCCAACUCUUGGGAAACGGUGGUCAUUUACCUGCUCAACAAUCGACAGCUGGUGGUGGAGGAACACUUCAUCCGACACAUGGACAACGUCUUCGACUCCAUGAUCUGCAUCUCUGUGGUGGCCUCCAUGUGUAGUCUGGUGGCCAUCGCAGUGGACAGGUACAUCACCAUCUUCUACGCUCUGAGGUACCACAACAUCAUGACGGCGAGGCGAGCCGGCUGCAUCAUCGGCAGCAUCUGGGCCUUCUGCACCGGCUGUGGAAUUGUCUUCAUCAUCUACUCGGACACCACCUCCGUCAUCAUCUGCCUGGUGGCCAUGUUCUUCAGCAUGCUGCUCAUCAUGGCGUCCCUCUACAGCCACAUGUUCAUGCUGGCGCGCUCGCACGUCAAGCGCAUCGCCGCGCUGCAACAGGGCUACAGCAGCGUCCGCCAGAGGACCAGCCUGAAGGGCGCCAUCACACUCACCAUCCUCCUGGGCAUCUUCAUCGUCUGCUGGGCUCCGUUCUUCCUCCACCUCAUCCUGAUGAUCUCCUGUCCCAGGAACUCGUACUGCGUGUGCUUCAUGUCCCACUUCAACCUCUACCUCAUCCUCAUCAUGUGCAACGCCGUCAUCGACCCGCUCAUCUACGCCUUCAGGAGUCAGGAGAUGCGCAAGACUUUCACCGAGAUCUUUUGUUGCUUCAACCCCAGGAACUGUUACACCAACAUCUGCGCUCUGACUGCCAAGUGUUGAACAGCUGAAACUGCUCAGCACUUGUGGAAAAACCAUGGAGGCUAUUUCAUCCCUACAAGCCUGUU